UGAAAUUAAAUGAAUAUUUACGCGGGUUUUUUAUAAUAUAUUUUUUUAAAUAGUUAGAUCGUAAAUAAAAUGUGUAAUGAUUAGAUUAGAUUUAAUUAUAUUUUUUUAGCAUUUCUAACGAUUUUGCAUUUUAUAUGGAAGGAUAUUUAAAUAAAACUCUGUAUUAGUUACAAUAUGUUUUCGUCUGCUCCUCUUUCAAAGAAACAGAAACUUUCGAAUGAAAUAGAUGAUUUAUCCCUUCAUCCUGAAUUAAUUCAUAAAUUAAAACAAGCUAAAUUAUGUUCACUCAAAGCAAUCAUGCAUUUGUCCCAUCCCGAAAUUCAAAAAACUGCUAGAGUAUCUGCAUCUGAAGCUCAAAAUGUUCUUGAAACAGUUUCUGAAGCACUUCUUAUAAACAAAAUUACUUCAGCCUAUGAUCUUCUUCGUAAUGAAAAGUUAUCAAGAAAAAAACUUUCACUUGAACUACUCAAAAAUAAUUCAGAAAAUUGCAACAGUAUCUAUACAGAAACCAUUACUGAGAUAUGUGGGGAAAGUGGGUGUGGAAAAUCGCAGCUAUGUUUACACCUAAGCAUACAAGCUCAAAUGCCAAUUGAUGCUGGGGGAUUAAGUUCAAAAGUUGUAUAUAUACAUACUGAGGGUGAAUUCCCUAUUAAAAGAUUUCUGCAGAUGGCCAAUGCUUUCAAAAAUGAUUUUCCACAAUUCCAAAACUUAAGAUUAUCAGAUAAUCUUAUAUUAAAGAAAGUAUUUAAUUUGAAACAACUCAUGUAUGUACUACAAAAUGGAUUACCUGACUUACUGAACAGUGUUAAUAGUCCUAAAGUGAUAAUCAUAGAUUCUGUAGCAGCCUUAUUACGAUGUGAAUAUGAUUCUUUAAGGGAAAGAACAUCAUUAACAUUACAAUUAGCUACUGAAAUCUGGAAAUUGGCUAAUAUCUAUCAAAUGGCUGUUGUGUGCAUUAAUCAAGUAUCGGGAUCUAACAGAAACCAGAAUCAGAUUACGAAACUAGCUAAUCUAGAUGUACCUUCUUUAGGGCUGCUGUGGUCUAAUAUUUUAACAACUAGAAUAAAAAUAUCUAGGAAACCUUCAGAAACAAGCCUGCCAGUCACUCGAAGUUUAGAACUUAUUUUUUCUUCAUAUCACCCACAUAUAUGUAACAACUUCAUAAUUUCAGAAUAUGGCAUCAAAAUUUUAUAAAAAGCAUCUACAUGCUCCAAUAUAAAUUAUUACAAAUGAAAAUAGUUUGCUUUAACAAAUCUUUAGAAUUUUUUUUAAAAAAUCAUAAAUAUUAAUAUAUAUAAAGUAAGUGACAACUCAAAGGAUUUAUACGAUUGUUGUAGAAAAUUAUAACCAAUCAUAUCACAGAUGAUAACAUGUUCUAAUACAUUCAGUACUUAAUUUGCAUUGAAUAUUGUUUAUAAAGUUUACAGCAAAAUUCUGAAUAAAUUUACU